AUGGCCCCUUCAGCCGUGCCGGACCGGGCGUCCGCUCUUGGCCGCCAGGCUUCGGUUACCCUCCUGACCGACCGUCUCGAGAAGCCCUCGCUAGACGACAGGCAGUAUCGCGUCGUCCGCCUCGAAAAUGGGCUCGAGGCCCUGCUCGUUCACGAUCCAGAGACCGACAAAGCCAGUGCUGCGCUUGACGUCAAUGUCGGUAGUUUCUCCGACGAAGACGGCAUGCCUGGCAUGGCCCACGCUGUCGAGCAUCUCCUCUUCAUGGGUACCAAAAAGUUUCCCGUCGAAAACGAGUACAGCCAAUACCUGUCAUCCAACGGUGGCAGCUCCAAUGCCUACACGGCCGGCACCUCGACAAAUUACUACUUCGACAUUGACGCCAAGCCCGCCAACGAAGAGGAGCCUACGGAAAUAAACCCAUCGCCGCUUCUCGGCGCACUGGACCGCUUUGCGCAGUUCUUCAUCGAGCCGCUCUUCCUGUCCACCACCCUCGACAGGGAGCUGAAAGCGGUCGACUCGGAGAACAAGAAGAAUCUGCAGAGCGACGCCUGGCGCCUCCAGCAACUGGACAAAUCGCUAUCAAACCCCAAGCAUCCGUACUGUCACUUUUCUACAGGCAACUUUGAGGUUCUAAAGACGCUCCCCGAGUCGCAGGGCAUCAAUGUCCGCGACAAGUUCAUCGAGUUCCACGCCAAGCAUUACUCUGCCAAUCGGAUGAAGCUCGUGAUUCUGGGUCGUGAAUCGCUCGACGUCUUGCAGAAAUGGACCGUGCAACUCUUCUCGGCCGUUGUCAACAAGAGCCUGCCGCAGAAUAGAUGGUCCGACGAGGUCCCAUUCACACCGAGCGACAUUGGCAUCCAGUGGUUCGCAAAGCCGGUCAUGGACACGAGAGAGCUGAACUUGACAUUUCCCUUCAUUGACGAGGAGGAGCUAUAUGAAUCACAGCCAAGCAGAUACAUUUCGCAUCUAAUUGGCCAUGAAGGACCAGGAAGUAUCAUGUCGUACAUCAAGAGCAAAGGCUGGGCUAAUGGCUUGUCCGCUGGCGGAUACUCCCUUUGCCCUGGCACUCCCGGCAUCUUUGAUGUGCAAAUAAGAUUGACAGAAGAGGGCCUCAAAAAUUACCCUGAAAUCGCCAAAAUCUUCUUUCAGUACGUGUCACUGCUUCGUCAGUCGCCUCCGCAAGAGUGGAUAUUCCAAGAGCAAAAAGGAAUGGCCGAUGUCAACUUCAAGUUCCGGCAAAAAACACCUGCUAGUCGAUUCACAAGCAAAGUCAGCUCCGUCAUGCAGAAGCCCCUGCCGCGCGAAUGGCUGCUGAGCGGCCACAGCCGUCUACGACGCUUUGACGCAGGUUUAAUAACAAAAUGCCUGGACCUACUCCGUCCGGAAGCACUGCGCCUGAAUGUUGUUUCUCGCAAGUUUCCGGGCAAAUGGGACAAGAAGGAGAAGUGGUACGGCACAGAGUAUACCGCUGGCAGGAUUCCUGAUGACCUCAUGGCUGAACUGAAGAAGGCCGCUUCGAUUUCGGCGGCUGAGAGGCUGUCAGAGCUUCACCUUCCGCACAAAAACCAGUUCAUCCCCAACAAGCUUGAAGUGGAAAAGAAGGAAGUGGCAGAAGCGGCCACCUCGCCUCGGCUCUUGCGCAAUGACCAACUGGCGCGAACCUGGUGGAAGAAGGACGACACAUUCUGGGUACCCAAGGCCAAUGUCACUGUCAGCCUGAAGAAUCCUAUUAUACACGCUACGGCUGAGAAUAGUGUCAAAGCUCGGCUCUUUGCAGAGCUGGUCCGCGAUGCUUUGGAGGAGUACUCCUACGAUGCUGAGCUCGCGGGGCUACAGUACACUGUCUCGAUUGAUUCGCGUGGGCUUUUCCUGGACGUCUCGGGCUAUAAUGAUAAGCUCCCCGUCUUGCUAGAGCAGGUUGCGGUUACAAUGCGAGACAUUGAGAUCAAGGCAGAUCGAUUUGACAUUGUAAAGGAGCGGCUGACGCGCGGUUAUGACAACUGGCAACUUCAGUCAUCAUACCAGCAAGUCGGCGACUACAUGACAUGGCUCCACGCUGAGUGCGACUAUGUCGUUGAAGAGGCAGCUGCUGAACUCCCGGCCAUCACCAUUGAUGCCGUGCGUAGCUUCCAGAAGCAGAUGCUUGCGCAGCUUUACAUUGAGGUUUAUGUUCACGGAAACAUGUACAAAGGAGAUGCCAUCAAAGUAACAGAUCUUUUGGUAUCGUCCUUCAGAUCAAGAAUACUGCCUCCUAACCAGUGGCCCAUUAUUCGGUCGCUCAUCAUCCCGCCUGGUUCUAACCUCGUAUAUCACAAGACACUGAAGGAUCCGGCCAACGUCAACCACUGCAUCGAAACUACGUUCUACAUUGGCGAUCGUGGUGAUCGCAAGACUCGCGCACGAAGUUUGCUCGCUGACCAGUUGAUCCACGAACCUGCUUUUGAUCAGCUACGCACAAAAGAGCAGCUCGGUUACAUUGUGUUUGCUGGCAUGCGCAGCUUUUCAACCACUUGUGGCUUGCGAUUCCUGCUUCAGUCUGAGAGGGAGCCGGAGUACCUGGACCGCCGUGUGGAGGCGUUCUUGAUCCAGUUCGGCCUGACUCUGGACAAGAUGCCCGACUCCGAAUUCGAGAGCCACAAGAGGAGCCUGAUCAACAAGAGGCUGGAAAAGCUCAGAAAUCUAGACCAGGAGUCGUCAAGGCACUGGGCCCAAAUAUCCAAGGAAUAUUACGACUUUGAGCAAGCUCAAUUGGAUGCCGCAGAAGUGAAGCUCGUCACCAAGGCAGAAAUGAUUGAUUUUUACAACAAGCACUUCCAUCCUUCCUCGAACAGCCGAGCUCGUAUUUCCGUGCACCUCCACGCGCGGGGUGCUGUUGAGCGCGACAGCAAAGUUGUUGCUGCACUUGACCAAGCCGGGUUCGCGGAUGUGCCAGAGCAGGACCGCAAGAGCCUGGACCUGGUCAAGGCUCAUCUGCAGGCGAAGCACAAGCCUUCCAACACAGACCUAGAGAGCGUCAUCGCCUCGAUCAAAGAACUCGGUCUGGUGCAAACGGCCCACCCCGAGGACGAUGCCGAGGCAAUCGCCAGCGGCGGGCAGUGUGCGGUCGAUACCGCGCAAGAGAUUGAGGAUGUCCGCCUGUACAAGUCGGGUCUGCUGGCAAGCUCGGGGGCGCGCCCGGUAAAGCACCUGUCGGAAUUCGAAGACACGGACUCGAAGCUAUGA